GUUCUCUAAUGGGGCAGCCAGUGUAUGAGCGGGCCUGGCUUCAUCUCACGAGCUACAGGCUCCUCUUCUGAAGCCAGCUAAGCAUUCACUAAGGAAGCACGGACUAGUUCGCCAUCGUCACCAUGUUGGAUUUUCUGGCUGAGAACAACCUCUGUGGCCAAGCCAUUCUGAGGAUCGUUUCCUGUGGCAAUGCCAUCAUCGCUGAACUUCUGAGGCUCUCGGAGUUUAUCCCUGCUGUGUUCAGGUUAAAAGACCGAGCUGACCAACAGAAAUAUGGGGAUAUCAUAUUUGAUUUCAGCUAUUUUAAGGGUCCAGAGUCAUGCGAAAACAAACUGGAAGCUAAACCAGAGCUGCAGGAUUUAGAUGAAGAAUUCCGUGAAAACAACAUCGAGAUUGUGACCAGAUUCUAUCUAGCAUUUCAAAGUGUGCAUAAGUACAUUGUAGACUUAAACAGAUAUCUAGAUGACCUCCAUGAAGGUGUUUAUAUUCAGCAAACCUUAGAAACUGUGCUUCUCAAUGAAGAUGGAAAACAACUUUUAUGUGAAGCACUGUAUUUAUACGGCGUUAUGCUGCUGGUCAUCGACCAGAAAAUUGAAGGAGAAGUCAGAGAGAGAAUGCUGGUUUCUUACUACCGAUACAGUGCUGCCCGAUCUUCUGCCGAUUCAAAUAUAGAUGAUAUUUGUAAGCUGCUUCGAAGUACAGGUUAUUCCAGCCAACCAGGAGCCAAAAGGCCAACCAGUUAUCCUGAGAGCUAUUUCCAGAGAGUGCCUAUCAAUGGAUCGUUCAUCAGCAUGGUCAUUGGUCGACUCAGAUCGGAUGAUAUUUAUAACCAGGUCUCCGCGUACCCAUUACCUGAGCAUCGCAGCACUGCUCUGGCCAACCAAGCUGCCAUGCUGUACGUGAUUCUCUACUUUGAGCCUUCCAUUCUGCACACCCAUCAAGCGAAGAUGAGAGAGAUAGUGGAUAAAUAUUUUCCAGAUAAUUGGGUAAUUAGCAUUUACAUGGGAAUCACAGUAAAUCUGGCAGAUGCUUGGGAACCUUACAAAGCUGCAAAAACAGCUUUAAACAAUACACUGGACUUAUCCAAUGUCAGAGAACAGGCAAGCAGAUAUGCUACAGUCAGUGAGCGAGUGCAUGCUCAGGUGCAGCAGUUUCUGAAAGAAGGCUACUUACGGGAGGAGGUGGUCCUGGACAACAUCCCAAGGCAUCUGAAUUGUCUGAGGGACUGCAACGUUGCCAUCCGGUGGCUGAUGCUUCAUACCGCAGACUCAGCCUGUGACCCAAACAACAAACGUCUGCGUCAAAUCAAGGACCAGAUUCUAACAGACUCGAGGUACAAUCCCAAGAUCCUCUUCCAGUUGCUGCUAGAUACUGCACAAUUUGAGUUUAUACUCAAAGAGAUGUUCAAGCAGAUGCUUUCUGAAAAGCAAACCAAGUGGGAGCUUUAUAAGAAGGAGGGCUCAGAGCGCAUGACCGAGCUCGCUGAUGUCUUCUCCGGAGUGAAGCCCCUAACCAGAGUGGAGAAAAAUGAAAACCUUCAAGCUUGGUUCCGAGAGAUCUCAAAGCAAAUACUGUCUUUAAACUAUGAUGAUUCUACCGCUGCGGGCAGAAAAACUGUGCAACUCAUCCAAGCUUUGGAGGAGGUUCAGGAGUUCCACCAGCUGGAGUCCAAUCUGCAAGUGUGUCAGUUUCUGGCGGAUACCCGCAAGUUUCUCCACCAAAUGAUCAGAACCAUCAACAUUAAAGAGGAGGUCCUGAUCACAAUGCACAUCGUCGGGGACCUGUCCUUUGCUUGGCAGCUAAUUGACAGUUUUACCUCCAUCAUGCAAGAGAGCAUAAGGGUAAACCCCUCGAUGGUUACUAAGCUCAGGGCUACAUUCCUAAAGCUGGCCUCUGCCCUUGACCUGCCCCUUCUUCGUAUUAACCAAGCAAAUAGCCCUGACCUUCUCAGCGUGUCUCAGUAUUACUCGGGAGAAUUGGUGUCCUAUGUGAGAAAGGUUUUGCAGAUCAUUCCAGAAAGCAUGUUUACUUCUCUUCUGAAGAUCAUAAAGCUUCAGACCCACGAUAUCAUUGAGGUGCCUACCCGCCUGGACAAAGACAAACUGAGGGAUUAUGCCCAGCUUGGUCCACGAUACCAGGUUGCCAAGCUUACGCACGCAAUUUCCAUUUUUACUGAAGGCAUCUUAAUGAUGAAGACAACUUUGGUUGGCAUUAUCAAGGUGGAUCCGAAACAGUUGCUGGAAGAUGGAAUAAGGAAGGAGCUAGUUAAACGUGUUGCUUUUGCCCUUCACAAGGGUUUGAUCUUCAACCCUCGAGCCAAGCCAAGUGACUUGAUGCCCAAGCUAAAGGAGUUGGGGGCUACCAUGGACGGGUUCCAUCGUUCUUUUGAAUACAUACAGGACUAUGUCAACAUUUAUGGUCUAAAGAUUUGGCAGGAAGAAGUAUCUCGUAUUAUCAAUUAUAACGUGGAACAAGAGUGCAAUAACUUCUUAAGAACAAAGAUUCAAGACUGGCAAAGUAUGUACCAGUCCACUCAUAUUCCAAUACCAAAGUUUGCCCCCGUGGAUGAGUCCGCGACGUUUAUCGGUCGACUCUGCAGAGAAAUCUUGCGGAUCACAGACCCAAAAAUGACCUGUCACUUUGACCAGCUGAACACUUGGUAUGAUAUGAAAACUCAUCAAGAAGUGACCAGCAGCCGCCUCUUCUCAGAAAUCCAGACCACCUUGGGGACUUUUGGUCUGAAUGGGUUAGAUAGGCUUCUGUGCUUUAUGAUUGUGAAAGAGCUACAGAAUUUCCUCAGUAUGUUUCAAAAAAUUAUCCUGAGGGACAGGAUUGUUCAAGAGACUUUGAAAACUCUCAUGCAUGCCGUCAGCCCCCUGAAAAGUAUUGUAGCAAAUUCCAAUAAAAUUUAUUUUUCCGCCAUUGCCAAAACACAGAAGAUUUGGACAGCUUAUCUGGAGGCUAUAAUGAAGGUGGGGCAGAUGCAGAUCCUGAGACAACAGAUCGCAAAUGAAUUAAAUUACUCUUGUCGGUUUGACUCCAAACAUCUGGCAGCUGCUCUGGAGAAUCUUAAUAAGGCUCUGCUAGCAGACAUUGAAGCCCACUAUCAGGACCCUUCACUUCCCUACCCCAAAGAAGACAACACCCUCUUAUAUGAAAUCACAGCCUAUCUGGAGGCCGCUGGCAUUCACAAUCCACUGAACAAGAUAUACAUAACAACAAAGCGUUUACCUUAUUUCCCAAUUGUCAACUUUCUGUUUUUGAUCGCCCAGUUACCAAAACUUCAGUACAACAAAAACUUAGGAAUGGUCUGCCGAAAGCCUGCCGACCCUGUGGACUGGCCACCGCUUGUCCUGGGACUCCUCACUCUGCUGAAGCAGUUCCACUCCCGGUACACAGAGCAAUUCCUGGCGCUGAUUGGCCAGUUUAUCCGCUCCACGAUGGAGCAGUGUACAAGCCAGAAGAUACCUGAAAUGCCUGCAGAUGUUGUGGGUGCCCUGCUGUUCCUAGAGGACUAUGUUCGAUAUACAAAGCUACCCAGGAGGGUUGCUGAAGCACAUGUGCCUAGUUUCAUUUUUGAUGAGUUCAGAACAAUCCUAUAACAUUUUUUUUCUGCUUCUUCAAUGAAAGGAUUUCCCUUAAAUCUGCCUGCCCACCAACACUAACGUGAAUUUGAAAAUGAAGAUACUCAACUGCUCAUAUAACUGCAUUUUCCCCCUUUAUUAUGGGAAACAUGAGAUGUUCUGAGUAAGAUAUAUCUUACAGUUCUAGUUAAUAAUUAAUAUUGUUUAAAUUGUGGUAGUAUAUGAAAUUCGUAUCAUAUAAAUGCAAACCACAUUUUUGUACUGCUUCUCAUAAAUGCUGAAUGUAACUGUUAUGUAUAAAUGCCUUUAGUUUUAUGUUCAAAAGAGCUAUUUGUGUAAAUUCAAAUUGUUAGCAAAUGGUACUGCUGGUA